AUGAAACUCAGCCCCCUCGCCCUCGCCCUCGCGCUCUUCACUUUUACAACGGCAAACCCCCUCCCUGUCCCAAAGGCUACGAAACCCCCCUUCUUUAUCACAAUCGGCGACUCGACCGUCGCGGUGAAUGGCGGCUGGGGUGACGGUUUCCUCUCUUUCGUGCACGACCCUGCGGAUGGCACAAACCGGGGUAAAAGCGGGAGCACGACGGUGUCGUGGCGCGCCAAUGGGCGGUGGGCAGCCCUGGUCGAGAACAUCAACUCGACUCUCGCGGACUACGAGACCAUCGUCACGAUGCAAUUUGGGCAUAAUGACCAGAAGUCACUUACCCUGGACGAGUAUCGCGACAAUCUCGAGGGGCUUGUUUCUGAUCUGCAGGACCUGGGGGCUACGCCGAUCAUAAUAUCCCCACUAUCCCGCCGCAACUUCGACGGCGACACCGUGAAAGAGGACUUUGUCGAGUGGCGCGUCGAAGCGAUCAACGCGGCCAAGAACUCUGGCGUCAAGUGGCUGGAUCUGACGACCGCGAGCACAGACUACGUUAAUGCCAUUGGCGCCGAGAACGCGGCAACAUAUGACUUGAGUGAGGGCGAUGGGACGCAUAUCAAUACCGCGGGGGGUAUUGUCUUUGGGCGCAUGGUGGCUGACCUUCUCAUUGAGAAGCGUGCCGAUCUGGAGGAUUAUAUCACGGCGAAUGAGGCGCUGAGUGAGAAGAUUUGGGCGGGCGAGUAUGCUACUGGGGAUGAGUGA